GUUCCAUAUAUUUUGGCAAGCACCGAUACGCUAUGCUCAGGGCCACGUGCAGUGACACCUGUCAAAGCUGCUGCAUAGAUGCUUUGUCCUUCUAUGCAGUGCUUCUUAUUAUAUGCGCGAGACUGUACUUUACCCGAGCUAUGCGUGCUCGCUACUGAUCCAAGUUGUGUAGGAUAGCCUUGCACGUCUUCUUUGAGGCAGCUUCAACGAUCAAGGAACGCAAUCUUGACCCAACGACAGCUCUUAGUUCUCACACCAAUAUCCGUUGCAGCUCCCGGCUGCAAAUCAGCGACGUUGCUGUUGUGCAUAUGUCCUUCGCCAUGCCUCACAGUUGUCCCAACAGAACCUUCCUGGCUGAUCCGCUCGCCGCUCAUUCUCGGGUCGAUUCCGAUCUGCAUCAUGCACUUCUCUCGCUUCGUGUAUUUGGGAGCGCCUUUGCACGCGUUUGUGCGCUCUGGUCAGAUUGUAGUUGCACUCAAGCUGCACAUGCUCCAAGGUCAGUACGUUUCCUGGGGAGCACAGCCGUACAUCCAGUCUCACCAAAGCCCCUCGGUGAGGAGACCGUGUGGUGUCGCUUCGGAUGGUGCAAGAAAGGAUCGACGCAACGAAUGGUGCAUCGAUGACACCAGCAUUCUUCGCGACUGAAUGCCACAAAUCGAUGGACGAGUAAUCGUGGCUACAUAGGAGAGGAGUAAGGCAGUGACAGGGACGACUAAAAAAGUGUAAGG